ACUUCGAACCGGAAGUGUUAUGUUUGUUGCUGCUAACCAAGAAGUAGCCGUGUAGCUUUCGCAGUUAAUGGCUGAUAUUACUGCGGUUCACUGCGUGUUUUAUUGAAGUCAUUUCUUUUAAACGAGUAGUGAUGUCAAACGAGGAAGGCGGAAAUCCUCAGUUUUAUUUCUGCGACUGUUUCACAACUGAUAACAUUUUCCUGAAGGACUACAAGCUCCAUGUCCGCUUCGUGUCGGAGCAGCAGUUCAGACUGGACUAUCAAACACUGCUCAGGAGGCUCGGUUGCGUGACGGAGCAGCAGUUUGAGGAUGUGCUUAACAAGAUUUCACAGGAAGUGGACAGGCGAAGGCGCCUUGGUGUGGCGUCCGCUGAGAGAGCUGCUGCUAUAAAAGACGUGUACCAUCCCCUCCAUCCUCACGUCUACCGCUUGCAGGAGUCCUACCUCGCGCCAAAGUUCAAGCAGAUUGUUGAGUACUGUCGCAGCCCCGGCGCCAGUGAAGAGGGGCUCUCAGACUUGUUGGAGGAAGAGGCAGCGGCAAGGGUGUAUCGCUUCCCAGUGUUUGAGAAGAGCUUCUGUGAGGAGCUGGUGGAGGAGCUUGAGCACUUCGAGCAGUCAUCCGCCCCUAAAGGAAGACCCAACACCAUGAACCAUUAUGGGAUCCUCCUGAACGAACUGGGCUUCGACGAGGGCUUCAUCACCGCCCUCCGUGAGCACUACCUGCACUCGCUCACCUCCCUGCUGUACCCGGACUGUGGGGGGCGCUGUCUGGACAGCCACAAGGCCUUUGUUGUGAAAUAUGACAUGAAUGAAGACGUGGACCUGAGCUACCACUACGACAACGCAGAGGUCACCCUCAAUGUGUCGCUGGGCAAGGACUUCACUGAGGGAAACCUUUAUUUUGGUGACAUGAAACAGGUGCCUUUAAGUGAGACGGAGUGUUCAGAGGUUGAACACAGGGUGACCGAGGGCCUCCUCCACCGGGGCCAGCACAUGCACGGGGCCCUGCCCAUCUCCUCCGGCCAGCGCUGGAACCUCAUCAUCUGGAUGAGAGCCUCCCGGGAACGGAACAAACUGUGCCCCAUGUGCAACAAGAGGCCGACGCUGGUGGAAGGGGAGGGCUUUGCUGACGGGUUCACCAAACACCCCGAUGCACCACUCAACGCUUCGUGUGUGCUGACGUGAUGAAGACACUGUGUGCGAGUAGGAUUUGAAAUUUGUGACUUUGGCCCCCCCAGGUGACCGAAUUAUUUCAAUUUAUUUUGAAAAUGAUUUAGGUUCUUCCAAUAUAGAUUUUCUGUCAGGUGAUAUGGUUGAAUAGACUGUAGAAAGCAAUUUAAUUGAAUUAACAAUGAUUAUGUAUUCCAAAUUGGAAUGAUGAAUAUUUAUUAUUUGUACUAUUAAUAAUAAUGUAAUGAUACUAUAAUUCUGCGUUUCAGACAUGCAGUGGUGUCCCAUUAUGUGAUCGGUAUAUUUAUAACUUCAAUGUGAGUCCAGUAAUAUAAACACAGACCGGUGAAGCCUCUUUAAUAGACAGUGUGAUUGUACUGUGUUUGUGCCAAAGAGGAAUUAGAGAUAAUGUGUGUUUAAAAACUGAUGGAAACACUACUCUGACUACAAAGUCAGGCUCUCCUCUAACACUGAGUACCGUCUGUAAAGGCUCUAAAGUCUCUCUUUGUGAAAUGAAUUGGGAUGGGACGCUAACAUGAGGCCAGGGAUUGCUGUAGCAUUCAGUCAGUGAAUAAAGUGGGAAUAUUUAAAGGUACCCUGUGGAAUUUUUUACCACUAGUAGCACCAUAGAACAAUAUUUGUAGGAGUGGGUCCCUGUUUUGUUUUUACUCACGCACGCUCACACACACACACACACACACACACACACACACACACAAUGAUUCUCACAGGAAACAGAAAUAGGAAUCAAGCAUGUGAAACCAAUCGCAUCACAAUUUUUGGCACAGUCAUUAGGUACACUUCACAUUUUGCGGCCAUUUAAAGAAUGCAUGAUUUAAAAUAUUCCAAAAUUCUGCUUUGCAAAUGAGUAAUGAGGAUGGAAAUAAACUCAACAUGUCUCCGACCUCAGGGGGACACACCGUGGAUUUCGGUAAGAAACACUGAACGUAAGUAAAUGUAAACCAGCAGACACCACAGGGCACCUUUAACUUUACAGUGACAUCGUGGAGCGGUCACAUCUGGCAGACACCUGAUCCACUUUCUAAGAUCAGUUUUGGCCCCAGAAGCUAUAGUGUAUCAGAUCAGUGCAUCCCUGUUAAUACAUCCAGUACAGCAUCUUCCCCGUAAUUGUUUAUCUGUCAGUGAUGGUUGAUAUCUGUCUGCUCAUAAAUCCAUGUCAGCGUUGCUAAUAUUAACCACUCCUCUGCCAGGAUAACAUGCUUGUUUUUCUCAUGUUUGACUGGCUGACUGUAAUCUGGCUUCCUAUUGACCAACCAUGUUGACUGUUUUUUGGAUCAGGAAGAAUGGAAUACACAUUUGUGAUGAUGUGUAUUUAACUUUUGAAUUGACCAAGUCACAGAUGUCUCAGCUAUGCUAUAGAUACAAAAUAUCAUGAUGUUCAACACAAGACAGGCCACAUCAUUUGGAAUAAUGGAAUUUUAAUUACAUAAAUUAUAUCUGUCAGUUUAUGAAUAUCCAUUGUGUGUGCAUCUCUUGCUAUUGUCAUAUGCACGUAGUGUUGUGGUGGAGGUUAAUUAUGCUCUCAUACAGAGUCUUUGCGAGUAAAAACAAAUAUAAACCUGUCCGAUACAGCCUGCACAAUAAAUCGAUCCCUUUCAACAACA